AUGGCGUCCACUCCCACCACAGACGGCCGAGCCUUUAGCUCUGGUAGUCGCACUCGCGCCAACAGCUGCGACUCAGACUCUGAGGGAAGAGCGACUUUGACCGAUAAUCAAGCUCAAGGCGACCGCGAGGUAGCCAAUUUGGCCCGCUCGCUGAGUGCACGCUCGAAACAGCCCCAUCACCAGCCUCCCUUUGCAACAGACAAAGACGCCGUCCUGGACCCCCAGAACCCCAAAUUCAACGCUAGAGAAUGGGCAAAGGCCUUUUACGAUGUUCGAUACAGCUCAGAUGACGCACCUCCACCGCGCGUUGCAGGCUUCGCGGUCAAGAACUUGAAUGUGGUGGGCUAUGGAAGUCCGGUCGACUACCAGAUGAGUGUUGGAAACGCAUUUCUGAAGCUGCCAACCCUCGCCCGACAGUGGCUUGGUGGGAAAAAGCAACGGAUUGACAUUCUUCAGGGCGUCGAUGCGCUGCUGCUUCCAGGCGAGCAACUAUGUGUUCUGGGGCCGCCCGGUUCUGGCUGUUCAACUCUGCUGAAGACGAUUGCCCAGGAAACCCAUGGCUUCGAGGUAGACCCGACAUCGUACGUCAACUACCAGGGGAUUACCCCAAAGCAGAUGGCGGCGCACUUUCGUGGUGAGGCCAUCUACACGGCCGAGGUGGAUGCUCACUACCCCCAGCUGGCCGUCGGGGACACUCUGUAUUUUGCAGCUCUCUCGCGCACGCCUCGCCAGAUCCCCGGAGGCAUGAGUCGGCAGGAAUAUGCAUCACAUCUACGGGACGUUAUUAUGGCUACGUUUGGCAUCGGGCACACGAUCAACACCAAAGUUGGCAAUGACUUCGUCCGGGGCGUCAGCGGAGGAGAGAGGAAGCGAGUCACAAUUGCAGAGGCGGCGCUCAGCUACGCCCCGCUGCAGUGCUGGGACAACAGCACUCGAGGGCUUGACAGUGCGAACGCUGUUGAGUUCUGCAGGACCCUGCGGACUCAAGGCGAUGUCUUCGGGGUGACUUCCUGUGUCGCCAUCUAUCAAGCUCCCCAGGCGGCCUAUGAGAUAUUUGAUAAAGUCACGGUCCUGUACGAAGGCAAGCAGAUUUACUUUGGUCCUGCGCAGGCAGCCAAGGAGUACUUUAUACAGCUGGGAUUUAUAUGCCCCGAGGCCCAAACCACUCCGGACUUCCUCACCUCCAUGUCCAGCCCCAUAGAACGCAUUAUCCGACCGGGAUUUGAGAAUCUGGUGCCCAGGACGUCCGACGACUUUGCGAAACGGUGGAAAGAAAGUGCUGAGCGCCAGGCGCUGCUACGCGAAAUCGAGCAGUACACCACCGAGCACCCCUUUAAUGCAGGGGAUCUUGACCUCUUCUCUUCCUCUCGACGCGCUGAAAAGUCAAAGAAACAGCGGACAAAGUCCCCAUACACCUUGUCAUACUGGGGACAGAUCCGCCUCUGCCUGUGGAGAGACUUCCAACGGUUGAAGAACGACCCCAGCGUAACGCUGGCCAUGCUCAUUGGGAACUUCUUCGAGGCCCUGAUUAUCGCAAGCGUCUUCUAUAACCUCCCCGGAGACACCUCGUCGUUCUUCUCUCGUGGGGCUCUUCUGUUCAUGAUGGUGCUCCUGAAUGCCUUCUCUAGCAUGCUCGAGAUCCUCUCGCUGUACGAGAAGCGAACAAUCGUCGAGAAGCACAACCGGUAUGCCCUCUACCAUCCGAGUGCUGAGGCCAUCUCGUCGAUGAUCAUGGACAUGCCCUACAAGAUCACAAACUCCCUGCUCACUAACCUGGUCCUCUACUUCAUGGGCAAUCUGCGACGCGAGCCAGGCGCAUUCUUCUUUAUGUUCCUGGUCUCCUUUUCCAUGAUGAUGGGCAUGUCCAUGUUCUUCCGCUUCUUUGCCUCUUUGACAAAGUCCAUUGAGCAGGCCCUAGCCCCCUCUUCGAUCAUACUGAUGGGGCUGGUGCUAUACACAGGAUUUGCCAUCCCGGUCAGCUACAUGCGAGGUUGGGCCUCGUGGAUCCGAUGGCUGAAUCCGGUGUCUUACGGCUUUGAAGCGGUCAUGGUGAAUGAAUUCCACGACCGUCAGUUCCCCUGCGUCUCGUUUGUCCCCUCGGGUCCCGGCUACGAGAAUGUCUCCCUCCAGGAGAAGGUGUGUUCGACGGUGGGCGCGAUGCCAGGAUCGGAUGUAGUUCAGGGCACCGACUUUGUGCGCUCUUCGUAUCAGUACGAGAACAGCCAUCGCUGGCGCAACUUCGGAAUCAUCGUCGCUCUCGCUGUCUUCCUAGGGGUUUGUCACUUAAUUGCGUCCGAAAUAGUCUCUUCUCAACGGUCCAAGGGCGAGGUGCUCGUCUUUCGCCGUGGAAAGGCCCAGAAGGCUCGGACAAAACGGCAUCAGAGUGACGAAGAGCAGGUGGCAUCGUCUGUUCAAAACGAAAAGAGUGCUGGCGUGGAAGCUGGCACGGUAGCUGGGGUUGAGAAGCAAUCUUCCAUAUUCCACUGGGAAGAUGUUACCUACGACAUCAAAAUUAAAGGCGAACCAAGGCGUAUCCUUGACCACGUUGAUGGCUGGAUUCGGCCAGGGACACUGACGGCUCUUAUGGGCGUUUCCGGCGCCGGAAAGACGACUCUGCUAGACGUCCUGGCAAGUCGCACGACAGUUGGUGUCGUUGGAGGCAACAUGCUCGUUGACGGAAGACCGCGCGAUGAGUCCUUCCAGCGGAAAACAGGCUAUGUCCAGCAGCAGGAUCUUCAUCUCCAUACUUCAACCGUACGCGAGGCGCUGGAGUUCAGUGCUAUUCUCCGCCAGCCUCAGCAGUACAGCCGUGCUGAGAAACUGGCCUAUGUUGAGACCGUCAUUGACCUGUUGAACAUGCGAGAGUACGCCGAUGCCAUAGUCGGCGUCCCUGGUGAGGGUCUUAAUGUCGAGCAGCGAAAGCGGUUGACAAUCGGUGUUGAACUGGCAGCUCGCCCGAAGCUAUUGCUAUUCCUUGAUGAACCUACCUCUGGUUUAGACAGUCAAACUUCAUGGUCAAUCUGCAAUCUCAUGGAGACCCUGACCAAGAACGGACAGGCGAUUCUCUGCACCAUCCAUCAGCCAUCGGCCAUGUUAUUCCAACGCUUUGAUAGACUCCUGCUGCUCGCAAAGGGUGGCAAAACUGUGUAUUUUGGAGAGGUCGGCCAGGGAGCAGGCACACUGAUGGACUACUUUGUCCGCAAUGGUGGCUCUGCCUGCCCCCAAGGCGCGAACCCUGCAGAACACAUGCUGGAGGUGAUAGGCGCUGCACCGGGGGCCCAGACUGACAUUGACUGGCCAGCUGUAUGGAGGAGCAGCGCUGAGUAUCAAGAGGUACAAAAUGAGCUUGCAAAGCUAAGGGAGCUGGCCAGCAAGCCUUCACCGAUCUCGGAUCCAAACGACAAGUCCAGCUAUGCUGAAUUCGCAGCGCCCUUUUCUGAGCAGCUCGUCCAGGUUGGGCGUCGUGUGUUCCAGCAGUACUGGCGGAGUCCAUCCUACAUUUAUUCAAAGGCCUUGCUGACGGUUGGCUGUGCGCUCUUCAUUGGGUUCUCCUUCUUCAAAGCAGACAAUACUCGGCAGGGCCUCCAGAACCAAAUGUUUGGUGUCUUUAUAUUCCUCUUCGUGGUCGUCCAGCUCAUCCUGCAGAUUGUCCCAUCAUUUGUUACGCAGCGAAUGCUCUACGAAUCGCGCGAGCGGCAGUCGAAGACUUAUGCAUGGCAGGCCUUCAUUCUAUCCAACAUUGCCGUCGAGUUUGUUUGGAACACUGUAAUGGCGGUCUUCUGCUUUCUAGUUUGGUUCUACCCCGUGGGCCUGUACCAGAAUGCGCAGUAUACAGACACAGUGCAUUACCGCAGCACUCUGACAAUGCUCAUCAUAUGGGCGGCUUUCCUUUUUGCCAGUUCAUUUGCGCAUAUGUUGAUCGCCGGCAUGGACAGUGCGGAGAUCGCAUCGGCCCUGUCUAAUAUCCUGUUCAUCAUGAUGUACGCUUUCUGCGGCAUUCUCGCCGGUCCAGAUGCCCUUCCUCGGUUUUGGAUCUUCAUGUACCGCGUCAACCCGAUGACUUAUCUGGUAUCGUCCUUGCUGUCUGCGACUCUCGGAGAUGCUCCCAUGCACUGUGCCGAUAACGAGGUCUUGUCUUUCUCGACCCCGUCUGGAAUGACCUGCGGGGGGUAUAUGGAAAGCUACCGAGCUAACAAUGGGGGAUAUGUGAUCAAUCCGGAUGCCAUCGGUGGUGAGGCGUGCAACUUCUGCGCUUUGGAGCGUACCAACGAUUUUCUGAGCGGCGUGAGCAUUGAAUACGGCAAUCGGUGGCGCGAUUUUGGGCUCCUGUGGGUGUAUAUCAUCUUCAACACGAUUGCGGCUAUUGCUUUCUACAAACUUUUCAGAGUUCCAAGGGCGAAAAAGGCAGAGUAG